AUUUUGUUUGGUAGUGAGUGGUACUUAAACAGUCAUGUUUGUGUACAGAUUACAAAGUCCUAAGACAAUACUCGACUUCAUACUUACCUCAGCACGUCAUUUUAUUGCUUAGUGGGGAUCACACGAGAAGCGAAUUCAUUUAGUCCAAAUUUAGUUCAGGUUAUGUGUUAAUUAGUGCGAAUUUACUAAUAUGAGUGAAUAUCCAGAUCAUCUGAAUCCGUUCAAAGAAAGUGAAAAGAAAAAAUUGGGGAAAACCUUAACUAGAUCCUUUAGGGAGCUCAAGGGGUUUCUGCGCCAAUCUUUCAGGAAAAAGAAUACCAAAAGCAGUAAGGAUUACAAUUUUGAAGAAGUUGAAAUCAGAAAGUCACAUGAUCCGCAAUCUUUCAACACUCUUCGGAACAAUGUUAUGUCACUUCCGUCACCUCCAACAUACAAUUCAUACACAUCUCCUCCUUUGCCAAGAUCAAGAUUUAAAGAACGUCUUUCAAGGUCUUCUCUGAAUGACACACUCAACUCUACGUACGAUGAAAGUUGCAAUCCUUUUGCUGAAGAAGGUUUCAACCCUUUCGAAGAUCCUCCAAUCCCUUAUCGAAGAAGGAGGUCAAAAAAGAAAGCCCCAAUACCACCAAGUAGUUCUAAUCCAGAAGUGAACUAUGGUUUCAAAACUAGAGGAUCAUCAAAAUGGAGCCUCACAUCAUCAGAAACAGACUACACUUUAGAUGAUAAAAGUGAAUGCAGUGUCGAUGUAACUUACUCUCAUUCCUUACGUGAAUGCCUGGAUAAUUUCAACAAAGAAAUGGACUCCUUGAACAAGGGUUCCAUAGAAAUGGGGGGCAGUUCUCCAAAUAUCCUGGCAGGUGCAAACACAACAGUUUUAGAAGAGACCAAAUAUACCACAAAAUCAGCAGAUUUGACGAGAACCCACAGUCGAGAAAUAAAUAAUAAUAUAAGUGAAUACAGAAACGAUACAGACACUGAGGAAACUAAUGCUCCUAGUGUUAUACUUCCUACAAAUGAUGAAGAAAAUCAAGGCCAAUCUAGUCAUGAAGAUUAUGUCAAUGGAAAUCAUAGUGAAAAUGACGAACAAACAGAUUCCAAAACAAAUCAUUUUAAUGAGAAACAAGAAGGAAUUGAAAGAGAACCAGACGUGAUAAUAUAUAAAGAAACAGAAAUUAUCGAGUCUGACAACAAAAAAGAAGAAUUUUGUAUAAAUGAAGCGAAACUGGAGUUUAUAGAUCAAGAAAACAAUUCAGUCGAACAAAAUGAAAGCGAAAACACAGAUUCCAAACUACCUAGUCCUAUUCCAAAGCUUAGAAAAAUUAAGUUAGACAAAGACGUGCUCUUAGGAGAACCUUGAGCAAAUGAUGUCUUCGCUAUUUUAUUAUCAAUUGUUUAUUUAUUAGAAGAAUAUACGUAUAUAUAUACAUCUUAAAUCUUAUGUGAUAUAUUUAGUUGUUUUGGUAAUAUAUACUUGUUACAAAUGAAAAAUAUAGGAAAAUUGUUUCAUUUCA